AUGGAAUUCAGCUUGCAAAGAAUGGGUGAUAAGCCGCCGUUGAAAGAAGUUCCCGAUAGAAUUUGCAAUCCUCAGACUAACGAAGUUUUCCAAAAGGGGAAGUUUCUGGGUAAAGGGGGAUUUGCAAGGUGCAAAAUUGUUUCUAAGACGCUACUGCAGAAAAAGCAUCAAAAAGAAAAGAUGACGCAGGAAAUUGAAAUUCACCGUUCUCUCUCACAUCCUCACGUUGUUAGAUUAGAUGGGUUUUUUGAAGAUUCAGAUAAUGUUUACGUGCUGUUGGAGUUAUGUUCGAGAAGGUCUUUAAUGGAGCUUCACAAGAGACGUAAAGCAGUAACGGAACCAGAAGCGCGGUAUUUUACAAAUCAGGUUGUAUCCGCCUGUGAUUACUUACAUAGUCGAAAAAUCAUUCACAGGGACCUUAAGCUGGGUAACCUGUUUUUAAAUGAUGAUAUGCAGGUUAAAGUCGGAGACUUUGGCCUUGCAACUACCGUUGAUUAUGAUGGAGAAAGGAAAAAGACGUUAUGUGGAACUCCUAACUAUAUUGCUCCUGAAAUGCUGGACAAAAAAGGACACUCCUAUGAAGUUGAUAUUUGGGCGCUGGGAUGUAUUCUCUACACGCUUUUGGUUGGAAAGCCACCUUUUGAAACAAUGUCUUUAAAGGAGACGUAUCAAAAAAUUAAGAGUAAUGAUUACGUUAUCCCCAAAACUGUAAGUGGUGAUGCCGAACAUUUGAUUAGGUGUCUUCUUGCUGCUGUUCCUUCACGAAGGCCCAAAAUUAAGGAGGUCGCGGGAUUUGAUUUUUUCACACGUGGGUUCAUGCCCUUUAGACUACCGACAUCCUGUUUGACCAUGGCUCCGAAAUUUGGCUUCGUUUCAACGUCACAUUCAAGGCAUGAUGGACGCCGUGUGCUUGAAGAAAUCAAGCCACAACACGCUUUGAUCAUGAGUAUAGGGGCCAGGGGCGACAGAAUUGAAAAAGCAGCUGUUACUGAUAUGAACGGAGUUCCUUCGGAUUAUUAUCUGUCUGAGCUUUAUCACCAGCUCAACGAUCUUGUCAGUAGCAGGCCAUAUUCUUAUAAAGUUAGUUUUGCAGAUGUGGCUGAAGAUCCAGCUGCGGUUCCCGUUUUCUGGAUAUCCAAGUGGGUUGAUUAUUCUGAUAAAUAUGGCUUGGGUUAUCAACUGUGCGACAACUCAAUUGGUGUUAUAUUCAAUGAUCAUACAAAACUAGUUCUAGAUGCCGCUGGAGAGCAGGUCCAGUACACAGAAAAAGAUAAUUCAGAAAAAUAUUUUGUUUUGUCAUCGUACCCAGAGGAGCUUCGUAAAAAAAUAAGUCUCCUGAAAUAUUUCCGUAACUAUAUGCAGGAAAAUUUGCGAAAGACAGGUGCAAAUAUGGCACCCAAAGAAGGCGACGAGCUCGCUCGUUUACCUUAUUUGAGGACGUGGUUUCGUACUCGGUCUGCUAUCGUGCUUCAUUUAAGUAAUGGAACACUGCAAAUUAACUUUUUUCGGGAUCAUUCGAAGCUAAUAGUAUGUCCGCUGAUGGGUGCAGCAAGUUAUAUCGAUCAGAACCGUAAAUUUAGGACUUUCAAGUUCGAAUUGAUGGCGUCAUUUGGAUGCUCAAAAGACGUUUUCUCCCGGUUGAAAUACGCGAAAAGUAUGGUAGAGCGUCUUCUCUCGGAAUCUCUUCAGUCGCGGCCAGGGUCAUUGUCUACAGUAGUGAGUCAUUUUGAAAAUCAUUCUCUUCCUAGUAAUUGUAUCAAGUAG